CAGACCGAGCGCUCCCUCUGCCGCGUCCGCGUCAAACCUCUCCAUCAGGAACCUGCGUCCGCACCUGGAUUAACUCUCUGCACCACCACCAUGCGGUGCGCUGUGUGUUUUCCUGCGGGUCUGUGAGGCUGUGCGCGUGGAUCUAUGGACCGCAGCGCGUGGACUCUGAGCUCCGGGAGGAUGAGGGGGGUGUGUUUGUGCGCCGCGCUCUGUCUGGUUGCCCACGCCUCAAAGUCGGAGAUCGUGAAGUCGGGAAGCCCCAAGUCCACAUUAAAGCACAUAUGGACAGAAAGCAGUAAGGACAUGUCCAUCAGUAGGCUGCUGUCACAGACUCUCCACGGCAAAGAGAACAGCACAGCCUUGGACCUCCGCUACGACACCCCCGAGCCCUACUCCGAGCAGGACCUGUGGGACUGGCUGAGGAACACCACGGACCUGCAGGACUCGCGGCCCAGGGCCAAGCGGCGGCCGAUGGUCAAGACGGGCAAGUUCAAAAAGAUGUUCGGCUGGGGGGACUUCCACUCCAACAUCAAGACGGUCAAACUCAACCUGCUGAUCACCGGCAAGAUCGUGGACCACGGGAAUGGCACCUUCAGCGUCUAUUUCCGCCACAACUCCACGGGCCAGGGCAACGUGUCCGUCAGCUUAGUCCCGCCCACCAAGGUAGUGGAGUUCGACGUGGCGGCGCAGCAGUCCGUCAUCGACGCCAAGGACUCCAAAUCCUUCAACUGCCGCAUCGAGUACGAGAAGGUUGAGAAGGGCGCCAAGAACACGCUCUGCAACUUUGACCCAUCCAAGACCUGCUACCAGGAGCAGACCCAGAGCCACGUCUCCUGGCUCUGCUCCAAACCCUUCAAAGUCAUCUGCAUCUUCAUCUCCUUCUACAGCACCGACUACAAGCUGGUGCAGAAGGUGUGCCCGGACUACAACUACCACAGUGACACGCCCUACUUCCCGUCCGGCUGAUGUUCCCGCGCACUCGCACGCUGGGAAAAGCGGACGAGUGGAGCACGGACUGGAGCUUCUACCCAUCCCGGAGAGGAGUGUGUGUUAGCCGAACUGUCCCUGAACAUGUCCACUCCAGAGAGUCAAACCCCCAAUGAUUACCCAACGUCAUGAAUCCUGCAGAGAACGGUUUCUUUGAACGGUUAGAAGCUGGAACAACGGACUGCUAAAGAAUGUUAGAGUUGUAUUCCUGAGUUUAGUUGUGUCCCUGUUGGAGAUGUGUAGGCAGCAGGACGUGUCGUCCUGUUCUGAUUGUUAUCAUUAUUAGCCCUUUGUUUGCUUUAGGUUCUCUCAUUUUGAAACUGGAUGUUAUUAACACCCUAUGUUCACAUACUUCAGACACAAUGCAUUCUCUCUCUCCGGACAUCUGGACUGUUUGCCUCUGCUGUGCUGUUAACGCUCUGCAGUUUAUCCUGGAAAACAUCCUUAAUUAAAAGAAUAAAAAAUAAAAUCAGGAUUUUUUACGAAACCCUGCAAGGCAACUGAAGAGGGGAUGUAAAUGUUAGUGAGGUCUGUUCACACUUCUUCCUCCAUUAGGAGAGAACAUGCGUUCAUUCGCUCAGAUAUAAAACUGUCAAUCUAUCAAAAAACACGUGGAGUUUAUUCUCAGCUGAUUGAAAGUCGGGUCACCUGAUUGGUUGACGAUCAGCGGGUCAUGCGCGGGGGAUGGGGCUUGCUCAUUGUCACUUAAUAUAUCAAAUGUAAUGUAUUGAAUUCUAUAUCUUAGAGCCUAAUUUGUAAGAAUGGUUUGUAUUGUACAUAGUUUAUCCCGAUGGCGCUGCUUCUGUACAUGCCCCCCAUGAGCUGUGUGUCCCCCCCCUCUUGCUAACUCCUCUUGUUCACUCCAUUUAUGCUCGUUCUUGGUUCCUAACAAAGAACAUGAUGUUGCUGCCCUAGAUGUGAAUUUCUUGAAACCAUCUCUCCUGUACAGAAGCUGUAAAACUUACUAAAUAUAUUAAAAAGUAUUCAGUGAAUUUUUUCUUUAUUGGGGGGACGGUGGGGGUUGGAUAUGUACAUAUUAA